CAGAGAGAAGUGGUGUGGGAUCAGUGACCACGAUUUCCGAAGUUUACAGCUGUUCUCAACUAAUUUGAUUGUUUGCUUCAUCCCAAUUUGUAUUUGUAUAAUAUUGUUUAUCCGGCAACCGACAACACGUUGGACCACUGUAGAGCGAGCAUAAUUGAGGUGCAUACGUGUGCGAGAUUGUCCUUGGACGCGGUAUAGUAAAGCUUGUUGCAUAGCGGACACACCGGUUCUGAAAUAUAGUUUCAUCCAGUUUUGUUGAUCCCACGUCCUUCGAAAAUGAUGCGAGAUAAUGCCGGUCUAAUCGUUGCCGCCCGGCGGGAAGCAUUUGCCUCGCAACAGCGUCAUGCUCCCGUAGACUACCGGCAAGCGAACAAGACACAGUCGCAGAAAGGAUUGUCCACUAGGUUCCUGUUUGAGUGCGCUCAAAAGCUCGAAAUGAAACCACUGACGUCGGCCACGGCCGCAAUUCUGUUUCAUCGAUUUUUCCGUGAAAUAAGCGACACCGAAUAUGAUCCCUACAUGAUUGCCUGCUCGUGUCUCUAUCUGGCCGGUAAAAUAAAAGAGGACAAAGUGCGCAAGCGAGACAUCAUCAAUGUGGCCCACAAUACCAUCAACCGCGGUGCUCAACCGCUUGAUCCGUGCGACGAGUACUGGGCGAUGUGGGACUCGAUCGUGCAGGCGGAACUGUUCAUAGCGCGCGUCCUUAAGUUUGACAUGACGAUAGUGCAUCCACACAAGUACAUGCUGCACUACAUGAAGUCGCUGCAGGAUCUGUUCGGUGCGAAAGAAUGGCACUCGAUGCCGGUCGCCCGUACCGCGGCUUCGUUUCUGCAAGACUUCCACCAUAGCCCGAAGGUGUUGGACUACAAACCUGCGCACAUUGCCGUCUGCUGCCUAGCGCUGGCAUUCCAGGUGUACGGGAUCGAGGUGCCACUGUCCGACGAAGCAGAAGAUUCGGUUCAGUGGUAUACUGUAUUCUGCAACGAUUUGACACGCGAAAAGCAUUGGGAAAUUGUGGAAAGUAUUAUGGAAGCAUAUGCUAUUGAAUCUGCCGGCAACGAAAAGUAAACGGACGGGUAGUCUUGAAGCAGCUCCGUCCAUCCUCAUCCAACCGACUAUGCAUACCGCUGAUUUCUGAUACGUUGUUGUCAGUGUUUCGUGCGAAUGUCAACAGAAAGUAUUGUGGAAGAACUAUUCUUCCAGUCCCCCAUCAUCCACCCUCAUCGUUAUUGCCAUCUCAUGGAAAUCAUCUCCAUCAAAUUACUGCGUGAUAGGAAAAUAACCGAAAGUGAUGCCCCUCUGUGAACACCGAACUUCCUCGUCUUAAACCUGAAACCCCGUCUUCCGGAAGCCAAAUUUUUCCGUGGAGGAGGGUAAGGGUGAAAACCGAAAAGCAUUCGGUUGGAAGAGUUAGUUUUGUAAGCCUAUGGGAAAAAGGAAUAGCCAGCGAGUUCUAGUACACAGCGCCCAGCAGCCUCGAAUGACAAACACUUAACUGAGAAGGCACCUAAUCUCUCCGAGCAGUGGUUUUGCUUGCCGAAAAUGGCCUGUGAGCGGUCUUUUUUUUACAUGAACGUUAAUAAAAGGAUAAUCUGUAUUCCACGGUGAAGAAGUAUGAUUUCUUCCGAAAAGAU